UGAUACUGGAACGGUACAAAUCUAGUGCGUGGCGCCCCCUCUGGAGCGCGCCAAUGUGCAUACUGGAAAGCGGCUCUUACCUACCUCUCUCAAAUAACCUUGGUGUCGGUCAGAGUCAAGUCAGUCCUCGACCGUAUACUCUUCAAUCGGUUCUGAUUCAAUCUCCUUUGGUGUGAUGUAAGAAAAAUCGCUACGCUGUCGACUUUCGCCUCCGCCUCGCCAGUCGCCAGACAGACGCGUUCUUCUUCUUCCUGUUUUGUUGCAUACUUCCACUUUAUUCCACUUCCACUUUCCACUUUCCACUUUCCCCCUCAGUUUCUGUUUCUACGUUUUUACUUGUUGUUCGUAGUUGCAGUUGUCCGGUUUCGUGUUUCGGGUUUGUGCAUGGCAAAAUAAAAAACAGUCUGUUGUAAGCAGAAAUUGCGAUUAGCGAAUUUUUAUCGACAUAAAAAAUAAAAACAGUGGCUGAUAAAAUAAGUUCAAAAUGCAUUCGUUAUUGGCCAAGUGUGAUGAAAACCCUACCUACCCAUCAGGUAGAGUGAACGGAGUACGACCAGCACAGAUUCCCGAUCCAGAAUUUGACAGCGAUGAUGAGGAUGAUGAUGAUGAGUUUGACAAUAUGAAUUAUGAAGAGGAAUUUGUAAAGAAAGAAAUGAAGCUGUAUGAGACUGGUUACAAUAAAGAAGGUGAACGUGGUGGAUAUGGUGACGAUUUGAGCACAAAUGUCGAUUGUCAACAAUACAGUGAAAUGGCGUCAGAAGACAGACGAGCAUCCAAUGAGAUUUAUAAAAAGUACAACUUUCUUCUCAACCUGGAUGUGAGAUCAGAAUUGCCCAUAGAUUCAUUUAGAAGUCGAAUUUUAACUAGGAUCGCACUAAAUCAAGUGGUUGUCAUACAGGGGGAUACCGGAUGCGGUAAAACUACGCAAGUGCCUCAAAUGAUAAUGGAUUCACUAAGAGAAAAUAAUGAAGUUUGCAACAUCAUCGUUACUCAGCCACGAAAAAUUGCAACUAUCAAUGUCGCAAAGAGGGUCUGUGAAGAGCGUGGGUGGACUUUGGGUACUGUUUGUGGAUAUCAGGUUGGCUUAGAAAAAAAAGUAUCACCUGACCAGCUCAUAACUUAUGUAACCACUGGUGUACUGCUACAAAAGCUGAUCCAUAAGAAAUCUUUGACCGAGUAUAGCCAUAUCAUCAUCGACGAAGUGCACGAACGCAAUCAAGAAUUGGACUUUUUGUUGCUAAUAGUCAGAAAAUUUCUUUUCACCAAUUCACCACACGUUAAGCUUAUUUUGAUGUCCGCCACCAUAGAUGCAGACCAAUUCGCCUAUUAUUUCCGCAAAAAAGUUGACACCGAAACGAUUCCGGCGCCAAUUAUAAAUAUAGACGAAGUUUCUCAGUAUGGUAAAACAAUAUUCUAUUGGGAUCAGUACAGUGCUUUCGUAAAAAGUGGCAAGUUUGAUAAAACACGACCCGAAAUAACAAGCGAAGUAUGGAACAUGUUCAUAUUUCUUGUGAAAAUAUUUGAUAAACUAGAGACUCCUGAAGAGCAGGAAAAACCCAAUGGCAAUGUGCUCGUUUUUCUUCCUGGUAUCAACGAAAUCGAAGAGGCCCACAGGUUGUUGGUAGCAGAACAGACUAAAACUCACACAGAUAGUGCCGGAGGCGGAAGACCUAAAUCAAAAUGGGAAAUAGUACCUUUGCACUCAUCCCUACCAAAUGAUGAACAAGCCAAAGUUUUCAUUAGGGCACCACCUGGACACAGAAAAAUUAUUUUGUCGACAAAUAUAGCAGAGAGUUCAGUUACUGUACCCAACACAACUUUUGUAAUCGAUUUUUGCCUAACGAAAGUGCUGACCGUUGAUCCGAUAACAAAAUACGCAAGCCUAAAACUGGACUGGGCAUCCCAUGUAAAUUGCGAUCAAAGAGCAGGCAGAGUGGGACGAACAUGCGACGGACGAGUUUAUAGGCUUGUCUCGAAUCAAUUUUAUAAUGAAUGUAUGGUCCCGAUGGGUGAACCAGAAAUUUUACGAGCACCAUUAGACCGAAUUGUGCUCCAGACAAAAAUGCUCGAUCUGAAUGAAACACCUGCUCAAAUUUUGGCAUUGGCCCUUGACCCACCCAACUUCAAAAAUAUAGAGUCCACCUUGUGGCAGUUAAAAGAGAUUGGGGGUUUAUUGAAGACUUGCCGUGGUAUCUUGUCAAACGCCGACGGAGAUAUAACAUUUUUGGGAAAAGUUAUGGCUUUGUUACCAAUUGACGUUCAUCUAUCAAAGUUGAUUGUAUUUGGUCAUCUCUAUAGUUGUUUAGAGGAAACCAUUAUAAUUGCUGCCGGCUGUUCAAUACAAAACAUAUUUUCGGUUCCAUUCCAAAGAAGAUUGGAGGCCUACAGAAAAGUGUUGCUCUGGGCUGAUGAGUCGUGUAGCGAUCUCAUUGCUUUAUUGAAUUUAUACUCGGUCUGGGAAAAUUUACAUCGUGAAAACUGUUUCUCCAUUCGAAAACUUGAAGUGGAUUGGUGUCAUAGAAAUUUGAUCAGUAUAAAAGGAUUAAGGGAAUGGAAAUUGCUCAUUACAGAAAUUAAAUCUCGACUGGAAAGAUUACGGAUAAGAGAAACAGGUGGUCAAUCCAGAGUUCAUCUUUCCGAAUCUGAAAAACCAACAGUAUUGAAGGUCAUAAUGGCUGGGGCAUUUUACCCGAAUUUCUUUGUGAAAUCAUCAGAUGGUCGUCAGAAGGGACGUGAAAGGGAAUGUGUUAAAACGAUUGGAGGAAGAGAUCCAUGUACUACAAUAUAUUUUUCUGGUUUCGAAACAAACCAGCCAGGCCAGAUUUACGUGAGACAAAUAAAACGAAUGCUUCGGGAAGAUGGAGAACAAAAGACAGAUUGCCACAUCAGCUUUGAUGGCAGCACAAAAAUUUAUGUGGAGUUUAGGAAUAUUAGUGAUUCCAUUACUUUUAAUACUGAUGGAUUCAAUAACUCCUCCUCAAGGGCGUCUAAAAAAAUUCCAAAACAAUUGUAUGAAAUGAUCAGAAAACGUCAACUGAAAUAUGAGUUUCCUUUGGACAUAUUACCCUAUAAAGCUGCGUGGGAAUUUGCUGAAAAAAAUGGAUGUAGAGGGGCUGGUGAUCCAAGUUUGCCAUUGACAAGGACGAAUACAGCUUCUACUAGUCAGACUAACUGUUUCACGUUGACCCAGUACAACCCGAUACCGUCCAACGAUUGUCAGUAUAUUCAAAUUCACAUAACAAAUCAUAUUGAUGCUGGUCAUUUCUGGGUCCAAAUCGCCGACGAAAGGACUACCGAGCUGUUAGAACAGAUAGAAGAGGCCCUCAAUGGGCAAGCUUUGCAGCGAGUAGAUGAACAGUUGAAACUUGGAAAAAUUUAUGCUGCCAAGUUCAGAGAGGACAAUUGUUUUUAUCGAUGCAGAUUAGUUGCUGUGGCGGGUGCUAUUAAUCAGAUUCUUUUUAUUGAUUAUGGUAAUAUUCAAGAAGUGAAAAUGGAAGAAUUGUAUUAUUUGCCCCAACGACCCCAAUGUUUUGUUGCUCCCUUAGCGUUUGAGUGCGUUAUGUAUGGUAUAAAGCCCUCAUACAAGUGCAAUCCCACUGGAACAUGGAAUGAGGAGAUUAAUGAACAUUUCAGGAAUAUGUCUUCCGGCAUUGUGUUAUAUGGAGAGGUAUAUUCUGUGGUAAACGACACAGUGGAAUUGGAAAUUUAUAGAAGCUCCUCCAAAAGUUUGUCACUCAACCAAUUUAUGCUGAAUGAAGGUUAUGCCGAACCGUCUGUACCUAGUUUUCUAUCAAGGCAAAACCACGACAUCCGUAUGACAAUACUGGGCUCUGAUAAUCCAUCAGAAGAAGCCGUCAGGCUGUCUAGGGGUACGAGCGUCAGUUACGCCGAUUUUCCUGAUCCUGAACUGCGCAAUACGCGUCGUAUAUAUCUGAAAGGUCCAUUCAGUCCUUUUGAGUACCAACUGUACUCGUGCACCUAUUUGGGCCAGGGUAAACCCGUUAGCGUAGAAGGCACAUCCGUGAAUGCUGUUUUACUGGAUACGGAGCCAGACAAUCCACAUUCCAGAUUGUUGGUUGCAGCAUAUGUCGGCCAAACCGCCGAUGGUAACAGGCUGAAGCUGCGACAAACUACUUUGCUGCCAAAUGUGGCCGGUUUUCCUAUGUUGUUGGCUGCCAUAUUUUGUCCUACAAUGGAACCAAAGCUUACAGCGGACAAAUCUUUAGUAGCCUCCAUUUUAUGUGGUCUUGGCUACAACCGCGUAACUAAUAAACCCUUGUACCCUGCUCAUGAUAUAGUUUUAGACUUGGACACAGUAUUGAAAAUUGAGGAGCUAGAAAAGAUUAAUCGUCUACGAUAUUUGAUGAAUACAGGCAUUAAAACUAUGCAUGCAAUAGAGCAGGAGCGCGCCACUCAAACGGAGCUGUUCAAGCUUCAAUCUCAAAUUAAAGAAGCUAUUUUAAGUUUAAUUUACAUGGCCAGGGAACCGAUAGAUUCGAUAAAUGUCACGGCCGAAAAUGUCCAGUGGGGCGUGCACGGAAAUGUUGGACUGUUGAAGCCUACUUACGAAGAUGAGGAGCAGGAUAUUUGGCCUCUAUUGUGGUUUGUUCAUUUGCCCGAUAUCACGCCCCAGCAGAAAGCUAUUGCAAAAAAUCUAGAGGAUUUGGACAACAUGACUAUGGAGGUGAAACCAUUUGAAGAAACCUGCUGUGAGUUAUGUCAAACGUUGUUACCGCUCCUAUCUCAUCUUCGUUUGCAUAUCUCAUCCAAGGAUCAUAAAGAAAAUGAGGAACAUUACAAAUCGGAAAUUUCGAAAGAUGUAAUGUAGAUAGCGAUCCAUAAAAAACUUUUUUUGUGGAAAAGCAAAGAAUUAUCCUUUUGUUCAUUAUUUUGUAUUCUAUUUUUUGUUUUGGAAUGUUUUACCAAAACUAUGUAGGUGUCUACAUACUAUGUUUUGUAAUAAUUUUAAGUUUGAGUUGACAAAGUUAUUUUUUUAUCUAGAAUAAGGGAUGAUCUUGGUAACGAAAACUUUAUUUACUUUUCACGGACGUUUAGAAUUAUGUAUUAUGUUUUUAGUUUUUGAUUGAUUCAUCCUGUGAUGUUUAUGUUUCGAUAUCAAAUUUAGAAUUGAUUCCUAUUAUUUUUCUAUUUGUAAAACCAUUACAAUAAACGAUUUUCAAAAAAAAA